AUGCGGUCCAAGGGACUGAUGGAGGAGCUGACGUGUGAGUCUGCAGCAGAAUGGAAGAUGCAGCGGCACUUGUGCGCUUUGUUGGCGGAGCAAAACCAGAAGAUGCAGCUUCUUCUGGAGGAGGUGGCUCAACUGAGGGCGGAGAUCAGCAGUGCCAAGAAGCGUUCCCAGGAAGGUCAGGAAGUGAACCAGGCAGCGUCCAAGACGGCUUUGGAAGUCUAUGUCGAGAUGUCUGACUGGGCCCUGAAAAGCUCUGGUGCCACCAUCGACAUGCAGAGAACUUCUGAGACCUACAACUGCAAAGAGAAUUGGGGCUGCAGGGUUUUAUGGUUCUUUCGCCCUGCCAACCCUCCUGAUACUAUCUUGCAGCCGGAUCUUUCCCCAGGAGACUGCUGGCCUUUACAAGGGCCUCAGGGCCAGGUGGUCAUCAGGUUGCCAGCACGAGUCCACCUGACCGCCGUCACGAUGCAGCACAUCUACAAAGAGGUCUCUCCAUCUGGGACCGUCACCAGCGCGCCCAGAGACGUUGCUGUCUUUGGAGUGGAUGCGGACGGAGAAGAGGAAACUCUCCUUGGGACGUUCACGUACAACAUGGAAAAAGAGGCCACUCAGACCUUCCCUCUGAAGAGCCAGCUGCACACGCGGCCACUCCACCCAAGCAACGGCUUUGUGCCGUGGAGAAAUGGACGCCUGGCGGCGAAAGCCGUCGGGCAGCACCGCCGCUCCAUCCUGUGGCCUGCUGGCAGGCUGGACAGUGUCCUCUCCUCCCAGCAUAGCAUGCCCCUUCUCUCCCGGUGCUCUCACGCCUGCCGGGAGGAAAGCAGGCAGAGCAGACAGCGGGAGCUUGGUGGCCUUGCAUGCCGGCUGCCCCCUGCAUAG